AAUAAGGAUAAUAUAUUUAUUAAUGUUCAUGAUUAGACAUUGGUAAUUUAUAGCUGUUGUUCAAGAAUAAAUAUAUUGAAACCUGAUCCUAAGAAUGGAUAAAUUCAAUUUGGAUGUUACUAAGAUUAAUUUGUUUCUUUGACCUACUUGAUGGGAAUGGCAGGAUCUGAAUCUCAUUGACCAAAAUGAGUACAAUGUAUCACUAAAUUAAAGCUAGUUGAUAAUGGUUAUUGCUUAUGAGUUGGAUCUUUGGAAAAGCCUUGCUGCAGUAUUCAUAAAGUUUCUUCCUUUCUACCACUUCAAGGUUGUAAUUUGUGAGGUAAAUUUAAAGUUCGAAACUUUUCUAUGAAAGAGAGUAAUCUUACUUUGCAACCAUAAGCUGUGAGAUGCCACUUUAGUCCAAAAAUACUGAGUUGCCCACAUGUAUUGCAGUCAAAACAUUUCUCGCAAACUUUCUUAUCUAGCGAAUACCAAUUUUUCCAUAUCCUUGUUCAAUUCCGAGAUCAAAGCCUUGGUUCUACAAGGACAAUGCUUUGAAGCCUUGCAAUUGUACUCUAUAAAUCCUCUUAACACUACCAAAUUCAUCUACCCUUCUCUCCUCAAGGCCUGUGCUUUUCUUUCAAAUCUUCAUUAUGGAAAAAUUAUACACUCCACAAUCAUCACCACAGGCUUAUUCUCUGAUCAAUUUAUCACUGCUUCACUUAUUAACAUGUACGUUAAAUGUGGGUCGCUCAGAGAUGCAGCUCAUGUGUUUGAUAAAUUGCCUGGCAGCGGAGUUGUAGAUCAGGAUGUUACAAUUUGGAACUCAAUAAUUGAUGGGUAUUUUCGUUUUGGUCAUCUUAAAGAGGGUGUAGGUCAAUUUCAUCGGAUGCAGUUAUUUGGUGUUAGGCCUGAUGCCUACUCAUUGUGUAUUCUACUCGGUGAGCGCCAUGGAUAUAUGGGAUAUAAGGAAGGGAAGCAAAUUCAUGGUUAUAUUGUUAGAAACGUGUUGAACGGUGACCCUUUCUUGGAGACUGCACUUAUAGAUACAUACUUUAGUUGUGGCAGGCCAGAAGAUGCGUGGUGUUUGUUCAAAGAGUUGGAAGAUCAGAGCAAUGUUGUAGCAUGGAAUGUGAUGAUUGGAGGCUUUGGGGAAAAUGGGUUGUGGGAAAAGAGCUUGGAGUUAUAUUUGUUAGCGAAGAAUAAGAAUGUUAAACUUGUGUCAGCAUCAUUUACUAGUAUUAUACGUGUUUGUUGUCGAGGUGAAUUUGUGAGUUUUGGCAACCAGGUUCAUUGUGAUGCAAUCAAGGUGGGUUUUGAGAAUGAUCCUUAUGUUUGUACUUCUCUUCUGACCAUGUAUGCCAAGUGCCAACUGGUUGAACGUGCAGAAAAAAUCUUUAAUCAGGUGCCACAUAAAGAAAUUGAAUUAUGGAAUGCGAUGAUAUCAGCUUAUGUUGGUGAUGGAUUUGCUUAUGAUGCUUUAAAAAUCUACAAACAAAUGAGGCUAUGUAAAAUUCUGCCGGAUUCUUUUACUAUUUCAACUAUUCUAUCAUCUAGCAGCAUCUUUGGAUUCUAUGAUUUUGGUAGGUUGAUUCAUACAGAGUUAGUGAAAAGGCCCAUAGAGAGUAAUAUUACUGUACAGAGUGCAUUGCUAACUAUGUACUCUAGAUGUGGGAAUAAUGAUGAUUCUUAUUCAGUUUUUAGUAAAAUGAACGCAAGGGACGUGGUUGCAUGGGGCUCUAUGAUAUCAGGUUUUUGCCAAAAUAGGCAAUACAAGGAAGCUUUGGAGAUUUUCAGAGCAAUGAAGGGAGAUGGGGUGAAAGUAGAUUCUGAUAUUAUGGCAAGCAUUAUCAGUGCCUGUACAGGAGUAGAGAAGGUAGAAUCAGGCUGUGUUAUGCAUGGAUUUGUUAUUAAAAGUGGACUGGAAAUGGAUGUUUUUGUUGCUAGUUCCCUGGUAGAUAUGUACUCCAAAUUUGGUUUUCCAGAUAGGGCUGGAAAUGUUUUUUCUGAUAUGUCCUUUAAGAACCUUGUGGCUUGGAAUUCUAUAAUAUCUUGCUAUAGCCGGAAUGGCCUAUCAGAGUUGUCCAUUAGUCUUUUUUCUCAAAUUGUGCAACAUGGCUUUUAUCCAGAUUUGGUCUCCUUUACAAGUGUCCUUGUUGCUAUUUCAUCAGUUGCAGCAUUGCUGAAAGGAAAGAGUGUACAUGGGUACUUGAUAAGACUUAGGACUGCAUUCACAUUUGAUCUUCAAGUAGAGAAUACAUUAAUUGAUAUGUAUAUCAAGUGUGGAUUCUUGAAAUAUGCAGAGCAUAUUUUUCAAAGCAUGUCUCAGAAAAGCUUGGUGACGUGGAAUUCAAUGAUUUCAGGUUAUGGAUCUCAUGGGGUGUGCUUCAAAGCAUUGAGAUUAUUUGAUGAGAUGAGAAGUUCUGAAAUCACACCUGAUGAUGUUACUUUCCUUUCUCUGCUGUCAGCUUGCAACCAUUCGGGUUUAAUUGAGGAAGGCCUAGAUCUGUUUGAAGUGAUGAAGACUGAGUAUGCCAUUGAGCCCAGAAUGGAGCAUUAUGUAAACCUAGUUGAUUUUUUUGGUCGUGCAGGGCGCCUAGAUGAUGCUUACUCUUUUGUGAAAAACAUGCCCAUUAAACCUGACAGGAGUAUCUGGCUAUCUUUGUUGUCUUCCUGCCGAAACCAUUAUAACGUAGAGCUUGGAGAAAUGGUAGCCAAUGAACUAUUAAAGAUGGAACCAAGCAGAGGCAGCAACUAUGUCCAACUAUUGAAUCUUUAUGGAGAAGCUCAAUUGUGGGACAGGGCAGCAAACUUGAGGGCAUCAAUGAAAGAAAAAGGAUUGAAGAAGACUCCCGGAUGCAGUUGGAUUGAAGUGAGAAAUAAGGUUGAUGCUUUCUUUUCUGGGGAUUGUUCAUCUCCAAGAACAAUCGAGAUAUAUGAGACAUUGAGUAGUCUUAAGAGGAACAUGGUUAAGAAACAAGAUAACUAUGAAAGUGAGGUAUUGUAAGAAAGGAGAAUAGAGAAGUUCAAAGUUCUUCCUUGCAUUUGAGUUACCGGAAGCUCAUGAUUUAUGCGUCAGUGAAAUGUGUUGUAAAAGUGGAGGAGCAUUUGAGCUAAGGUUUCAGUGCAAAAGUGAAGGACUUUCUUUUUAGGUGCAAUUGGCUCUUAUGAUACUCCAACUCGAGACCUCACAGUUCUAGAGAUGACUCUAGCACUAUUGAACCAAAACUCAUUGGUCAGGAGUGGAGGAAUUUAACAGUGCAGAAUGUAUUGUAAAAUAUGAACGCUGAACAUGAGAGCAUCUCAGAAGGAUGUCUGAUCUCUGAGAGUGAACCCAAUGCAUCUGCUAUUAAAUGGAUUUAGAGUACACUUAAUGAGAUGAUCUGUCCACUCAAAUUCCUAAAGAGUUGAAAGAGAAGGAUCAAGCAACUUCCAUGAGCUACCUGCAAGGAUAUGGGCACUAAAGCAACAAUAUUAGUAAAGCAAUUUAAUUGGCUGUUUGCAACCAUUUGAAGAACUACAGUGCUUCUUAUGUACUUGAAAAGAUAAGGAAAUGGAAUAAUUACCCUUUUUGUCCUAUCAAA